GCCGACACCAUGAAACACGCUCCAGGGUCAAACACUGUUUCUGUCGCAGAUCAAACGCAAAAAUGUAAACACUCUUUUGUUGUCUGCAGAUUUAGCGUGUUCACUGUCAUUGCUUGGUGCAGUCUCGCAGACCACGUUUGAGUCUCAUGAGACACAGACAUGUCUGCUCUUGUGCAGCUCGUUCCCUGUCUUCUUGGCGGCUUUAGGCAGUACCAGAUCACGCUUCUCCGCGCUUUUGUUUUCUUCUACACUUGAGAUUAGGACAGGAGAUACCUAGUUUUCGUAUUAUGUGAGAUAUUUUCGGCACACAAUCAACUGGUGGAUCUACGAGCGACACAGUUCGUUUCAGCCCCCAAAAUUAUAAACUGACCCUCCGUACGUUUACCUGGGCGGAUAACAUCAUGCUGAAAACGACACCUGCAUUCUUCCUCUUCCUAACGUGGAUGUUCCCUAGAUGCGACGGCUUUGUGUUAACGCAUAAGAACGGGACCACCGACGCAUACGAUUCUGCUGUUCUAUCGUUCUUAUUAACUACGGAAGGAGUUCGCGAAGGGGCGGCGAAGAGCUCUGGCACGGAGAUACCUUCGACGUUAGCUUGCCCAUCGUCGUCGCCACUUAAGACGGCAAAAGACAAACAUGAUGCCUCUCUACUUGGGCUCGUAUCCUCCGUACCGGACAGCAGCAUAUUGAAACCGGAAUUCGUCGGAGCCGGAGCGGCUUUGGUAGCUGUCACCAGGAGUGUAAAGUGGACUCAGCUAAAACAAAGUCUGAAAGCCCUGGUAGACACGGGUGUCAAAUGUAAGGUGAACUGCAAACACAACAAUAAGAAACUCUCCAAAAAUACCGAUUUCAAAGACCAACAGGAGUUUCCACAAACGAGUGCAAGGAUCUUGCCCACAAGCGACAGGGAGCCGCUCAUUGCCGGACCGCAGAAAGUCACUGAAGAAGAUUUGCAAGUUCUUCUGUUCGAGAUAGCCCACGACUGCAAAAUGUCAGCUCCUCAGGCGGCAAUCACGAAGCCUCUGACGAUUCUCCUCGCGGGUAUUCCAGGGGCCCACAUUAGCAAGAGGCCUUUCGAGGCUGCUAUUCCUCACUUCAUCCUACAGAAAGAAGACACUGUCGACCUUUUGCUGACUGUCGAUAGAAGCUGGUGCGGGAAGGGUCUAAGUCACCUCGUAAGGUACCAUGUAGGAUAUAUGUCGUUCAACCUUGAGGUAAACGGCCGACGACUUGCUGAUGACGAUACCUUCGAGGACGACAGGCUAUACCGUCAAGUUGUUUUGACAACAAAAUUUACGGCCAAGUCCCUCGGGGGUACCUUAAAACAAGUUAGGAGCCUGACAGAUAUCCAUAAGAAAACCGGUAAACAUGGAGAAAACCGACCUCAUAGCUCACCUUUCUAGGACAGACUUCCACCGGCACCCCGCAGGUUUCUUUUCAUGACAAUAGUUCUUGAUGCACCAGUACCCCACCUGGUCGGAGGCACUUUUGUCGUUUCAAGUAGAGACCUGCUAUCAACAUUCAAUGCAUCUUCCUCUGAUCGCCCACCAAAUGCCUUUACACACGAACAAUUUAAAGUGUACAAUGCGCGGAGAAAGGGCAUGACUUCAAAUCUGUUUUUCUUGUCGCAAAUAAAGACUGUGCCGUCUCAUCCCAUUCACAAGGAGUCCUUCGUGCCUCGUUACUUUAGGAGGUAGAUGAUGAGACCCACCGUAUGCAAGAACAAAAUGAUUGGCUUUUGUCUGGGCUAGGACUGUGAUCAUACACUACAUGCAACUAUGAUUCUUUGUAACAAAAAACAGUACAAUCAUAACCAUUUGUUUUUGAUCAAACACCACAACAACUGGUCGUCGGACAGAGCGCCUUGUGCCUUCCCGCUGAUGGAGAGGCGGUUUGUAUCAGAAAAAAAAGUGACAACUGAAGAUGGUGAAAGGACACGCUUCUGUGCCCCAGGAACUUCUGAAAGUCGAAAGAGGCUAACCGAGAUGCCGCAAAAGUGUUCAC